UUACCCCGUGAUGCGAUCCACUCUGUGGUUACUCGGGCAUGAGAAGAUGGCGAGUUUGGUGGCAGCGGCGGAGUACGAGCCGAUCCUGCGGGAGCUUGAGAGCACUAAUUCAAUUGUAUCGGGCCCACCCUCAGGUCGGUGUACGAUGGGCAGGAACAUGGAGAAGCUGGAGGGCGGAUCCGCAACCACAACCACGAGAUUGAGAUGUGCAACUUCCACUUCCACUUCGUGGACUCCAUCACGGAGCUGCUGUGAGUGAGGGGCGGGGCCCAGAAACUCAAGCUGCUGAAUACCAUGGAGGAGCUGAAGCAGUGCCGGGAACAGCAGAGAAACAGCGCUGCUACUGUCAACAAGCUAAGCCUCCCAGUUCUAGAGGUGUACAAUAAGCUGCAAGAACAGAUGAAAGCCAAGAAACAUUACCCGGCGCUGAAGACCUUGGAGCAGCUGGAACUCGUCUGACUGCCGCGGGCCAGCCAGUACCGACUCUGCAAGAUCAUGAGUGAGAACAACCCCAAAGUGUACUCCGAGAUCAAGGACUUGUCCAUGUCCGAACUCGACUUCCUGGAGAGCAUCCUAAAGCACUUGGACAAGAUCAUGAGCAAGAACAUCCCCAAAGUGCACUCUGAGAUCAAGGACUUGUCCAUGUCCGAACUCGACUUCCUGGAGAGCAUCCUAAAGCACUUGGACAAGAUCAUGAGCAAGAACAUCCCCAAAGUGCACUCUGAGAUCAAGGACCUGUCCAUGUCCGAACUCGACUUCCUCGAGAGCAUCCUAAAGCACUUGGACAAGAUCAUGAGCAAGAACAUCCCCAAAGUGCACUCUCAGAUCAAGGACCUGUCCAUGUCCGAACUCGACUUCCUGGAGAGCAUCCAAAAGCACUUGGACAAGAUCAUGAGCAAGAACAUCCCCAAAGUGCACUCUGAGAUCAAGGACCUGUCCAUGUCCGAACUCGACUUCCUGGAGAGCAUCCAAAAGCACUUGGACAAGAUCGGUGAGGCCUCCAUGAAACAGGUACAUCUGAACCAGAGGAGGUCAUUGAGCCCAUCCGUGCUCGCUUCGGUUCCCAGUAGCUGAUUUGUCACGGAGCUUUGUGUGGUCGCUUCUUGAAGGAUACUUGUGACGGUGUCCUAUUUCUUACCCACCCUCUCCUACCUGCCUAAGUCUGUCUCCACUCAAUUAAAAAUCAUGCUCUCUGGUCCUGGUCUCUGCUUUGCUUAGCAUGCUGCCUAGGAUUUUUAAAUCCACAGUUCAGUUAACUUCUGUACCACUGUUCCUCCUAAUAAUUUGUGGAGGGCCACUUUGAUAAGUACAAAACUGGGAAAACUAUGAACACCCCCCGAACUGUGAACAAUAAAGCUCUGGUAAUCUUUCCUGCCUGUCCCUCACGGCUGCCUGUCUGUGCCUGAUACUCACCCCCAAUGAAGAUAACAUGUACAGCACAGGACAAGGGCCCUCAAAUUGCAAAGGUAGCAGUUGUCAGCUGUUUUCUCCUGUUGUCCAGUGCCACGGUGGUACAGUUUCUAGCAUGCUGGUAACACCAAGCCACCAUGCAGCCUGCUUUGUUCUUCUCCCUGACCCCAAGACCUUUCCUCUCAUUGGCAACACACAGGGCCCUGACAUUUCCAGCGGUUCAGCCAAAGUUGAAGGAUAAUUACUUGGAGGAGCAGCGGUGGGGAUGGUAUGCAUUGCAAGCUUUUUUUCAUUCCCCUUCUGGUACAGAUUUCAAGGCAUGUGUUAAACCUCUCUCUGAUGCUGAUUAAACUGGAGGGCCCCAGGGAGAACUGGCACGAGCCCUGAAAAAGGCAUCUGUGAAGGGGCUUGUAAAAAAUAAAAAUAAAAUAAUAAAUAAACUUCAUAAUAGCUGCGCAGGGAGGAAAUGUCUCCCCUUAAUUUUAAUUCCUUUAUCUGCUGUCCUGUAGAAAGCUCACAGCGAAAACCUGGUCAGAACCCGUUUUUUUUUUGUUUUGUUUGUUUUGUUUUAAAUGUAUUUAUUUAUUGUUUUUUCCUUUUGUUUAUUUUUCUCACAGUUUCCAAUUUCUAGAUUAUUCCAACACGUUUUGUAGCUGAAGGCACUAAAGUCUGCUGGCCAGCAGAUCAUUGCAUAGAUUAUUAACCCAUUGUUACCCAUUGGCCCCAGAGAAUUUAGUCAAGGAUGCAAAUGUGUGGCGUGUAAAACACAGCAAAGGAAUUGAUUUUACUCCAUAAUAAACAUUCAAUGUCCUGUU